AUGUCCACUGCUCCAGCAAAGAAGAGAACUUUCAAGACUUACUCUUACAGAGGUGUCGAUUUGGAACAACUGUUGGGUAUGUCCAAUGAGGAAUUCGUCAAGUUGGCCCCAGCAAGAAUCAGAAGAAGAUUUGCUCGUGGUUUGGGUCACAAGCCAGCUGGUUUCAUGAAGAAAUUGAGAGCCGCUAAGUUGGCUGCUCCAGAGAACGAAAAGCCAGCUGUUGUCAGAACCCACAUGAGAAACAUGAUUAUCUUCCCAGAAAUGAUCGGUUCCGUGGUUGGUGUCUACAACGGUAAGGCGUUCAACCAGGUUGAAAUCAGACCUGAAAUGGUUGGCCACUACUUGGGUGAAUUUUCGAUCACCUACACUCCAGUCAGACACGGUAGAGCUGGUGCCACCACUUCCCGUUUCAUGCCAUUGAAAUAA